AUGACGGCUACAACCAUUCAUUAUCAGGGGUUUUCAUCCCUCCAGCAGCUUGCCUUAGAGGACAAAGAUCGCGAUGAACGCAACAAAAGCCAAUUCGUUGAUGUUAUUUUGGAUGAACUCAUUACUGCCUCAAUGGGCGAUAAUAUAUCCGCUGGCUCGCAUUCUGAAUUAGCAUCCAUGGUAUCCCAUACUGAUAUUGUGAUCCCGCCCACAAGCGUACUUGGAGAAAGCAUUUUAGAUGGCGCACUAGUGCCUGCAGAGCAGGAGGCUCCCUCAAAGUUUGCCACCUUUGGCGCUGUAGACGAUGAUAAAGCCGAGCGUUCUUUUGUGCAAGAUGAAAAGCUUGUCCUUGCAAACGCUUUUUCUUCUGGUGUGAACUUGCUSAAGACAUUUAUUGGUGCUGGAAUCAUUUCAUUGCCAUUGGCACUUGCCUCUUUUGGCCUUCUAACUGGUAUAAUCCUUCUUGUGAUUGCAGGCUUUACGGCUCUACUUGGCCUUUAUUUUUACAUUUACGCUGCAGUACAGGUUGGCGGUAGGAAUGUUACACCCCAGUCGUUUGCCUCGAUUUCUUGGCCAUUUCUUGGAUAUCUGCUAAGUAUUUCCAUCUUUUUCAAAAACAUUGGAGUGGGUCUCGCAUAUCUUUUGCUGAUUGGAAAUAUUAUGUCCACGCUGAUGCAAGGCUUUCUUGGUGGCUCAGGCUUUUGGACAAAUCCCCGCAUCUGGAUUUCCACUUUUAUGGUCGCCAUCAUCGGCCCGCUCAGCUUCCUACGGCGGCUGGACCAUCUAAAAUAUUCAUCGUCAUUGGGCCUUGUUUCUGUUGCCUAUCUUUUGGGAUUGUCUAUUUUCCACUUUUUUGCUAUUGGCAUAAGUCCCUCAUCGGCCGCUGUGAUUCGACUGUUUGCCCCUUUUUCUAUGAAGGCGCUUUCUAGAUUUGGGAUCUUUGUUUUUGCUUUUACUUGCCAUCAAAAUAUUUUGCCAAUUUAUAAUGAGACUCGUCGAAAUUCGAUCAAGGAGCUAAUGUAUCUUUGUGCUGUCUGUGUUGCCAUCAGCCUGGCCAUUUAUGUCUCUUACGGAACAUUUUCAUAUCUCUGCUAUGCAGACGUGCUUAUCAAUGGAUCGAUGUUCUCAUACUAUCCACAGGACGAAAUUCCUUUCCAAAUUGCCCGGGUCCUGUUUACCCUUUUGCUUGCCUUUUCCUAUCCGCUGCAAGUUGUCCCUUUCCGCAUGGCCUCGAAUUUUUUGUUUAGAGGCGGAAAGAAGGAAACCAUACUUUCGCAUGUGCUUUUCACUUCCUUUAUACUGGGGUUCACUUUUAGCAUAUCAAUGUUCUUGCCGGACCUUUCCAACGUGCUCUCUUUGGUUGGGUCGAUGACGUCCUCUGUGAUUUGCUACAUUGUUCCCUCGCUGUUUUAUCUUUCGAUUACAAGUGGCCGCCCUUUCUGGGCUGCCAAAAGACAUUGGGCCUGUUUACUGCUUCUUUUUGGCAUGUUAGUGUUUCUAUGUUGUACGUCCAUGUCGAUCAUGAACUUUAUUACAAAUUAA